GUGCUUCGAUAUUGUGCUUCUGAACAAAUGAUUCUUUACUUAUUCACCAAAUGCACGUGCAUUCUAAGUACUUAUUAUUACAAUUGUUCAUUAUGUGAAAUGCAUAGCACUUGCACGACUGUCCAGUAUAAUUAUCGCGACAUAUAUCUAAUCACGAAUAUAGCUCGUAAUAUGUACUUCUAAAGACUUCGUAUAUAUAUAUAGAUUCCGCAAUGGCUGACGAAGCAUUUGAUAUCUGUGAAAACAUAUGGAACCAUGAAUGGACUAUGCAACGCCUACUUUCUAUCUUGCGACAGAGUCAAAGUUACUGCACGGAUAAUGAAUGUGUCAACUUGUCGCACUUACCGGGGCCACCUGCCGUCACGUCGUCCUCAGACUCCUUCAUGACCUGUUUAAUGAUUGCAUUCGCCGUUCUUAUGUACGUACUCAGACCAAACUGUCUCCGUCAGUUAAGAAAUGAUACUACUAAACAUCGAGAUAACGAACACGAUUCAAACGAUGAACCCCCUGCACCGUCAACAGCGCAAUAAUGAGUGCAAUACGAUAAACGCACGUUUUUCGUGCUAAUUUUUAUAGUACAAUAUCCUGAGCAUAUGAAAAAAGAGAGGGCGAUGGAAUAAUUAAUCAAUUAGUAGGAAUUUUAAAUUACCAUUGGCGUAAAUUUAAUCAGAACAUUCGGAAGUACAUAUUUUGUUUAUAUUCGUUAAUGAUAAUUCAUUCUCUCUCUUUUUUCUUCAGUGCUUUCGAAUGUAUUUGGAAAGGAGAAUCAGAAUAUUCUUAUCAAGUACGCGAAUAAAAUAUGUAAUUAAAGUAUUGAUAUUACAUUACAAACUGGUAGAAAUUAA